AACCGCAAUUGUUUUCUAGAUGAGUUUGUUCGGAGGCAAGCCAUUAUUUGGCUCUACGAGCACAGCGACUACGUCGUCAGGUUUCACGUUUGGAGCCACCACUACAACAACAAGUGCUCCGUCGCUGUUUGGCUCCACAUCCACUGCCACGCCAGCUUCGAAACCGUUGUUUGGAAGUGUGCCGCAGUCGGGCACUACCACUUCCCUGUUUGGAACCACAACUACCACAUCUGGAGGACUUUUUGGCAGCAAAACCGCGACAACAACUACUGCCUCUGGUGGGCUGUUUGGGUCGAGUGCCUCUGGAGGAUUGUUCUCGAAGCCUACAACUGGUUUUGGGAGUACCGCAGGGACUGGACUUUUUGGCUCAAAACCAUUGGGCGGUGGAUUAUUUGGUGCUGCUGCUACUGCCCAGCCAGCCACUGAGACCAAACAAACCGUCCAGGGAAUUUUGCAGGAAUCCGAUGCACUCGUUAGGUCGUUGACGAAGGUUGAACUCUUUGGUGACGAGCGUGACGAAAUGGUAGCGAAACUUAAUCAGUUGGCCGCUGCUUUGGGUACUGGAUGUGGUUACUACAAAGAUGGACAGCAACCCGUACAAUAUACGCAAGGAGGACCUUUUCAUCGCAUCAAGGCCAUCGGCUAUAAUCGACCUUCGGAGUAUGCAGAUUCAGAUGGUAUUGUUGCUUUGGUGGUGAAGGCUCCAUUUACGGACUAUCAAACUAGUGAGCAGAAACAAAAGUUUGUAGACGCACUUUUCGUAAUUCUUGGCAGCAAACCCACUAUUCAUGCUCAUAUCGAGAGCAUAAAAGCGCUUCCAGAUAAUCACACCGAGAUUUGUGUUUAUGUGACUGAGAAGUUUCGCGGACGGAUCUCUAGUAAAGAGCUGGCACAGUAUUUCAACCAGGCUACACAGAAACAACAGCUGGAGAGUCAGUUGAAAGUGGAUAAAGAGAAGAUAAUAUCGCGGGUUCAUAUGGACAAGCAACAAAAGGAGCUCUAUUUGAAGGAUCCUCCUACAGGAUUCGAUGCAUCAUUAUGGGCGCAGGCUGUUCGAGAAAAUCCUGACCCUGAAAGAUUGCUUCCGUAUCCGAUUCGCGGCUUUGAGCAGCUGAGAAUGAGGCAGAAGGCGCAAAUCGAGAAUAUUCGGAUUGAAAAUGCCGUCGUGGAGGCCAUGAAAACUCGUAUAGGUAGACUGGAAGCGAAUGUAACCGCUGCUGCUGUCCAACUCGCUCAACAAAAAGUUAUACAGCAACGAUUGUCACAUAGGCUAUUGAGGGUGUUAUCUAUGCAACUGAUGUCGCAGCGAUUUACGCAAGGAAUUGAUGCUACUGAAGAAAGCAUGCAGUCGGCGUUGGAAUCCAUCAAUGCCCGGCUAAAUGCUCCGCACCAGAUUAAGGAGCGUAUUGCUGAGAUCUCGGAAACGCUACGAGUUGAAGACGCCAACUUGAGGAAUUCACUUUCAAAAGACACGGGUUUCAUAGACGAGUCCGAUGCAUUGAGCUUGAAGAAAUACUUGGAUAGGUGCCAGGAUGUUAAUGGCAGCUGCUGUGGACGCUUAGUGAGUCAUGUCAUCACAAAACAGUCUUCUAAUAUCGCGACAAUGACGUUAGAUGACGAUGGGCGAAAAGCAGAGAAAAGAGCCAGAUCCGAAGCUCAACGACUUGAAAGCAUCCGUGCGAAAAAGGAACUCGAAAAGCAACGGCAAGCGAUAAUGUCCAAAGCUUUGAGAGAAGUCGACCAAAAAAGUAAACGAGUUGUAUUCGAGGAUAGUGACGAAGAUGAGGAGCAGCCCUCCACCAGUUCCCACGCCAUUUCAUCUUCGAAACAUCCAAAGCUAUUUGAAGAAAGCUCUUCUGAAGAAAGUGAUGACAAUAACGAACAACUGAACAUUGUGAACCGACAUGUAGGAAAGAAAGGUGAGAAGCUCAUGAAACUAGAAGCAAGAUUUAACUCUGACUCUCGAUUUCACCUUGAUGAAAAAUUUGUUUCCAGCGGAAGUGAAGAUGAAGAGACUGAUGAAGUUGCCCAAGAGCGAUCGAAGAAUCUGGAGUUGUUGUCGAAAGUGCUCGGGAGUACGGUAAAGCCGAAAAAGAAAACACUGAAAACGUCGAGUAAAGAUGUAGCAAGUGGUCAGUUAGGAUUUCGACCUUUUACCAGGUUUGAUCCCUUCAAUGAGGAGCAUGUGAAGUGGGUGCAAAAGGAAGAAGCUUCUGCAAAAGAUGGCGAGGAAAAGAAAUCCAGUGGAGAGUCAGCUGAUGAAUCUGAAGAAGAGAAAGAUGAAAAAGUAACUAAUGGCGUCGUAAGUACUGGGAUACACUAUGAGAUGCAACCCGAAUUUGCAGAGGAGCUCAAAGCUCGUCUGGCAGGACAAGCUAGCGCAGAUGAUGCUAAAAACGACGGUGGCUUCUCAUUUCUGGCUAUGAUGGGUAGAGCAGAACCGGUUGCGGAAGACAAGCAGGAAAGUAAAGUCAAAGGCAAAGAGGAAGACAUAGUCGUUAAUAAGAAGCUGAAUAAAAUUCUUGGACAUGAUGACGAGGAUGUAGGGCAAAACGAUAGCAUCUAUGGCAAACUUGGAUUGCAGAAACUGAGUCUGGCUGCACCUGUGACGAAGUUCUUUGUUACCGGUGAUGAACCACAUCUACAAAGCUUGGUCAGCAAUUUCAAGCGAACGCAGUCGUUAGAAAAAAUUGUUCCAAGAUGGGCUAAUCAGCGGGAUGUGUUUGCAAAGAAUUAUAAACACCUCCGAAAAGCCGCCCUUAAAGAGGCCAAACAAAAACUUCUGCGUGAGAACGGGCAAACGUCAUCGAAAAAUGUGGAUAGGAAUGGUAGACGCUUUCCCAAAAAAAGGAAAAAUGAAGAAGUGGCUUAGAUUGAAUUUGUUACCUUUGAUGAUUGUUAUUGUUAUUGUUGUUGUUUUUCAAUUGUUAUUUACAUUGUUAGAUGAUAGUAUGUACUUGAUAAAUUUCUUAUAUAUAACUAUAUAUGAUCAACUUUUCUACGGUUUUCUCCUUUCCUCUCUCUUUUUUAUUUCUGUUGGUCACUUUAUAAUCAACGAAUUGAGGUUCAGAAUGAAUUUCAUGGAUCAGGUUCUCAGCGGUGAUAAUACAAGAAAAGCUGAGUAUUACGAGACACUAGGAUGUGACAGAGCAAGUUCGAUUGAGCAGAUCACAGCCGAAUAUCGCGCUCGAGUAAAAUCUCUCCAUCCAGACAAGCUUCUUGAUGAAAGCGAUCAAGCCAAGAAAGAUCAGUACCUUCGGCUUCAGACAGCUUAUUCAACUUUAUCAGAUCCAGAAGAACGGAAAUGCUAUGAUGCUUGGCUGGAGUGCCUGCUGCCGCUCAGUUAUGAGGAAUUCAAGAGAAAUAAAGAUGCCGUGAAAGUGUCCAUGCACUGGGUCACUCCUAAACAGACUCCCAUGCUCUCUAACUCGGAAGACUCUGAUAAGACAAAGCAGGAGCAUAAAGAGCACAUGUCGAGGAGCUUUGCCCGCUGGGAAGCUGAUAGAUAUCAGUCAGAAGCUGUUAGAAGAUUUCGAAAUUAUGAAAUUUAGAUUAAAACGUCAAAAAUUAUAAGUUACGAUAGAGCUGAAUAUCAUAGAAUGGAUUAUACAAUAUUGUCUAGUCUUUACUUACAUAGUCUCUUACUGGCAAAUUUGUUAACUACCAAGUUUUCCUCUGCAAUCUCAGUGAUGUAUUGCAUUUCUCAUAUUACAUGCUGCAUUCCUUCAAGUACGCUUGAGGUCAGAUCUCCCUGAAUUCACUUGGGAUCGAUUAGCAUAAUCUCAGAGAUUAAUAAAUCUGCAACGC